ACCCCCCCUUGUCCACCUCUGGACCCUCCAGGCUCUCAGUCAGAGAGGACUGUGGAGGGAGAAGGUGAGGAAGAUGAAGAGGCUGCUGGGCUUUUUGCUGUGUCUGCUCCUGCUGACCGUCCACACAGAUGCUAACCCAGUCAUCACGGAGAGCCUGGCGAAGCAGCUGCUGCGCAGUAAGCGUCAGGACCGGCCGGUGAAGCCGGGACACCCGGACGAGCCGCUGAGGGAGCACAUGCUCCACAUGCAGGCUCUGGACCAGCGGGCCCAGGAGACCAACCUGGAGUACUGGCUGAACCCUCACUGCCCGCCCCGCUGCGACAGGAACUACGGACACCCGGUCUGAGGAAGACCCAG